UUCAUUUUGAUAACAUAUGUUGGGGUUAUUUUUUAUUGUUAUCGGUGGGGUCACGUAAAAUUAUUAUUUAAUUUUUAUAUUGAACCGAUCUUCCUAUAACUGACUGAAAUGUUGGUGCGAAAACUUUUAAGCCCUCGCAUGGGAAAUCUGGCACGCCGCUGGGCGAGCACCAAUCAGCUGAACUUUCAAAACGAGAAAAUGCAGGGGUAUUUGGAGUGCCUCCGCCAGGAGUACUACGGACUGCGGGUAUCUGCCGGUGGAAACAGCAAAGCAUAUGCUCGCCUUGCACAACUUGAAGGCGUGGUGACAGCCUUGGAACAGCGGCGCGUCCUGGAACGCAACAUAACCAGCGCCCAGGAUAUGGAGCUGGAAAAGGACGAGGAUAUGCGAUCGCUAAUGCAGGAGGAGAAUGCCAUCUAUACCGACUUACUGAGCAAACAGGAGCAAACCCUGCUGAGGGAACUGCUCGCCAUGGCCGACGAUGAAGUUUACCCUGCGCUUAUUUUUGGAAUAAAUGCUGGGGCCGGUGGCCAGGAGGCAAUGUUAUUCGCACAGGAGCUAUACGAGAUGUACACUAACUACUUCGAGCAUAAAGGCUGGGAUUACGAGGAGUUUGCCCACGAGACCACCGAUAUUGGAGGGAUAAGGCAUGCCAGCAUCAUGGUGAGCGGUGAAGAUGCCUUUACCUGGCUGCGCCACGAGGCGGGUGUCCACCGGGUCCAGCGAGUUCCGGCAACCGAGAAAUCCGGUCGCAUGCACACCAGUACAGCCUCCAUCACAGUGAUUCCUCGGCCGGCUGACGUGCAAGUGCAUAUCGCCGACAAAGACUUGAAGAUUGAGACCAAAAGGGCUAGUGGAGCUGGUGGCCAACACGUAAACACCACAGAUUCGGCGGUGAGAAUUGUCCAUUUGCCGACCGGCUUGGCCGUGGAGGCACAAUCCGAGCGUUCGCAGCUGAAGAACCGGGAGUUAGCCAUGAGUCGCCUGCGUUCCCGGUUAGUGCAGCGGCAGCUGGAAAGCGCCGAAGCCAGUACAAAGGCCACUAAGAAGGCGCAACAGGGAAGUCUCAACCGCAAUGAAAAAAUUCGAACAUAUAACUUCGUCCAGGACCGUAUCACAGACCACAGGCUUCAGGGCGGCACAAUGCACAAUCUCGAUGGAUUUCUCAAAGGCGGCGAGCAACUGACCAGUCUUAUUGAAAAGCUGCAGCUGGAACACCGCAAGGAACGACUAAAGGAUCUCCUGGAGGCUUGGCAGCCCCCGCAAGAGGCUAUAAACAAAAGUUAAAAUAUAUGUUCUACGUUAAAUUCGAUUUAAAAAACUAAUAUGCGUAUAUUGAACAGA